CACAAACACGGCUCAGAUGACGCAGAAACAAACUGUCAUGGGGGCGUAUCUCCUGACGUGUUCAAGGGGCGGAGGGUUGUCCUGCGAGCAGCAGCCGGCCACCGAUGAACAUCCCCUAAUAGUGCGCUCCCCCGCGGCAAUUAGUGCUGCUGUCCCACUUUAAUCCAUCGGUUUCCUCACAAUGAGGCGACUGAGCGUCUGAGGGCUCUCCGUGCAUGGACGGCUCGGCGGUGAGCUGAGGAGCAGAGUCAUAGGGUUAUAUCACCUCUCGCGCUCCGGUGACAAAGUGAAUAAUGACGGGCGCUCAGGACGAAAACGCGGUUCGGGUGGCCCUCCGAAUUCGGCCACAACUAGCCAAAGAAAAAAUUGAAGGCUGCCAUAUUUGCACAUCUGUUACCCCCGGGGAGCCUCAGGUAGUCCUAGGAAAAGACAAAGCUUUUACUUUUGACUAUGUCUUCGAUAUUGAUUCAAGACAAGAGGAACUCUAUAUGGAUUGCACUGAAAAGCUUAUUGAAGGCUGUUUUGAAGGAUACAAUGCCACUGUUUUUGCUUAUGGCCAAACAGGUUCUGGCAAAACCUACACAAUGGGCACAGGAUUUGAUGUUAACAUAUCUGAGGAAGAGCAAGGUAUCAUUCCUCGUGCUGUUCAACAUCUUUUCCGGCGUAUUGAGGAGAAGAAACGGGCUGCUUUGGAACAAGGCCUCCCACCCCCUGAAUUUAAAGUUAAUGCUCAAUUCCUGGAGCUCUACAAUGAAGAAGUUCUUGAUUUGUUUGAUACUACAAGGGAUGUUGAUGCACGAAAUAAAAAAUCCAACAUCAGAAUACAUGAAGAUUCAGCUGGGGGAAUUUAUACAGUUGGAGUCACAACACGAAAUGUCAGCUCAGAAACAGAGAUGAUACAGUGCUUGAAGAUUGGUGCCUUAUCUAGAACUACAGCAAGUACACAAAUGAAUGUUCAGAGUUCUCGUUCACAUGCAAUUUUCACCAUCCAUUUAUGUCAAAAUCGAGUUUGCCCUAAAAUCGACACUGAGAAUGAUCUGGAUAACAGGAUGGCCUCAGAAUUGAAUCAAAUGAAUGAAUUUGAAACACUAACUGCCAAAUUCCAUUUUGUUGAUUUGGCUGGCUCUGAACGUUUAAAGCGCACAGGUGCUACUGGAGAGAGGGCCAAGGAAGGCAUUUCAAUCAACUGUGGGCUGUUAGCCCUGGGAAAUGUUAUAAGUGCUUUAGGAGACAAGAGUAAGAAGGCCACUCAUGUGCCUUAUCGAGAUUCCAAGUUAACAAGACUGCUGCAGGACUCACUUGGUGGAAACAGCCAAACUUUUAUGAUAGCUUGUGUAAGUCCUUCAGACAGAGAUUUUAUGGAAACCUUAAACACACUUAAAUAUGCCAAUCGGGCACGGAAUAUUAAAAAUAAAGUGAUGGUUAAUCAAGACAGAACAAGUCAACAGAUAAAUGCACUGCGUAAUGAGAUUGCACGGCUUCAGAUGGAGCUCAUGGAGUACAAAACAGGUAAAAGGAUUAUUGAUGAGGAAGGAGUUGAGGGCAUUAACGACAUGUUCCAUGAGAAUGCAAUGCUACAGACAGAAAACAACAAUCUGCGUAUGAGAAUUAAAGCAAUGCAAGAAACUAUUGAUGCUCUGAGGUCCAGGACAACGCAGCUCAUAAGCGAUCAGGCCAAUCAAGUUAUUUCUAGAGCAGGGGAUGGAAAUGAAGAGAUAAGCAACAUGAUUCACAAUUAUAUUAAAGAGAUUGAAGAUCUCAGAGUGAAACUGUUAGAAAGUGAAGCAAUAAAUGAAAAUCUGCGAAAAAGCUUAUCAAGAGCUUCAUCAAGGUCAUCAUACUUUGCUGGCCACACUCCUUUUUCCUCAUCUUUAAUUGCUGCAGAAAAAGAGACCAAUGAAAUAAUAGAUUUGGCCAAAAAAGAUCUUGAAAAUCUGAAAAAGAUAGAGAAAAAGAAGAAGAAAAGCGUUGUCAAAGAAGAGAAUGCUGAUAGUGAAAAGUUGGAAGAAAAGGGCAGUGCGGAAAAGGAAUGCCAUGAAUUGGUAAUUGAAGAAGGUCAAGAAGGUAGUGACCACGAGGAAGAUGAAGAGGUAGAAGAGGAUGAAGAGGAUGAAGAUGUAGAUGCUGCUGAAAGUUCAGAUGAUUCAGAUUCUGAACUGGAAGAAAAAGAGAAUUAUCAGGCUGAUCUGGCAAAUAUUACUUGUGAAAUUGCUAUAAAACAGAAGCUAAUUGACGAAUUAGAAAACAGCCAAAGGAGACUGCACACCCUAAAACAGCAGUAUGAAGAAAAACUGAUGACACUGCAAAAUAAAAUUAAGGACACCCAACUAGAAAGAGAUCGUGUUCUCCAAAACAUCGGAUCAAUGGAAACAUGCACAGAGGAAAAAACCAAAAAAAUCAAAGUGGAGUAUGAAAAGAAACUGCAGACAAUGAAUAAGGAGCUUCAUAAACUGCAGGCUGCCCAAAAGGAACAUGCUCGUUUGCUGAAAAACCAAUCACAAUAUGAAAAACAAAUGAAGAAACUGCAGCAGGAGGUUGUAGAAAUGAAGAAAACAAAGGUUCGGCUAAUGAAACAAAUGAAAGAAGAGCAAGAAAAAGCAAGAGUAAAUGAAACCCGCCGAAAUAGAGAAAUUGCACAGCUUAAAAAAGACCAGCGCAAACGAGAUAAUCAGUUAAGACAUUUGGAAGCCCAGAAAAAACAACAAGAAGUUGUGCUGCGUCGUAGAGCUGAAGAGGUUACAGCACUUCGCCGGCAAGUAAGACCCAUGUCUGAUAGGGUUGCAGGAAGGCUAAGCCGUAAAGUAAGUUUGCCCGAGCCUAUUGCUGAACAUAUUUCAAAUAUGCAUGAGGAACACGAUUCAAGCAAACCUGGUUUGCAGCAUAAACCAAGAAUUCCUGUUGCCAGAGUCCAGCCCGCCACAUCAACUGCCUUAAAUGGAACAAGAAAAAAAUAUCAGAGAAAAGGAAUAAAUAGUUACACUUCAAAGGUAGCCAGACAGAAAUGGCACUCAUUGGAGCGCAGAGUCACAGACAUUGUGAUGCAAAGGAUGACUAUUUCCAAUAUGGAAGUUGACAUGAACAGAAUGUUGACGCAACGGGAAGAACUAACAAAAAGAAAGGAAAAGGUCACAAAGAAAAGGGAUCGCAUUAUAAAGGAAUCUGGGGAUGUGGACAAAAAUAUUCAUAGCCUCAGUGAAGAAAUUGAGUCCCUAAAUGCAAAUAUUGACUACCUUAAUGAUAGCAUAUCUGACUGCCAAGCUAGCAUUAUGCAAAUGGAAGAGGCAAAGGAAGAAGGCGAUACUCUGGAUGUAACAGCAGUGAUUAAUUCAUGCACUUUAGCUGAAGCACGUUACCUCCUUGAUCAUUUUCUGAAUAUGGCUGUCAGUAAGAGUCUUCAAGCAGCACAGAGAGAAGCUCAAAUCAAAAUUCUUGAAGGGCGCCUUAAACAAACAGAAAUAACUAGUUCAACCCAAAAUCAGCUCUUGUUUCAUAUGUUAAAAGAAAAAGCAGAACUAAAUCCAGAACUUGAUGCACUACUUGGCCAUGCCUUACAAGAUCUAGAUAGCAUACCGAUAGAAAAUGCAGAAAACAGCAGUGAUGAUGAGGACUCAUUACAGAGUCCCAAUACAGAAGGCAGUUCUUUGUCCUCUGAUCUCAUGAAACUAUGUGGUGAAGUCAAGCCCAAAAGCAAGGCACGGAGGAGAACCACAACUCAGCUGGAGUUACUGUAUGCAGACAGCAGUGAGUCUACUCCAGAUGCAGGUGCUGGAGAGACAUGUAUACCAGCUACCCUUCUCCCUAUUCCAGAAAUGCAAGUGUCUGGGCUCAAUAUGGAACCAAGUGUCAUUACUGUUAAAGAAAAAGAGACACUGCAUUCUGGCCUACCUUCUAAAAUAGGCACCGUAUCAAAACCGGUAACUUUGGCUGAGAAAAGAAUUCCAGAACAAUCACCAGCAACAAGGAGGAGAAUGUAUGACAAAGGUGGUGAUAAGUCAAUAAAAAAUAAAGAUCAAAAGUUCUCAGAUUCUGGAACCUCAGAGGCUAGUCUGUCUCCUCCUUCUUCCCCAACAAGCCGGCCCCGUAAUGAAAAGAAUGUUUUUAGCCGCCUCACAGUUUCUCAGGCAGCAUUACAGAAGGAUAAGUCUGAUGAAAGUGAUUCCUCUUUGUCCGAGGUACACAGGGGCAUAAUUAAUCCGUUUCCUACAUCUAAAAGCAAUAAGACAUCGUUUCUACAAUGCGUUCAUAUAGCUGAAGGUCAUAACAAGGCAGUGCUCUGUGUGGAUGCUACUGAUGAUCUACUAUUCACUGGAUCCAAAGAUCGUACUUGUAAAGUAUGGAAUCUUGUUACGGGGCAAGAAAUUAUGUCCCUUGGAGGCCACCCCAAUAAUGUUGUGUCUGUGAAGUAUUGUAACUACACAAGCCUAGUGUUUACUGUUUCCACAUCUUACAUUAAGGUGUGGGAUAUCAGAGAUGCAGCUAAAUGUAUUCGAACACUGACGUCAUCUGGGCAAGUCAUGACUUGGGAUUCUUGUGCUGGAAGUCAGAAUAGGACCGUAACCAUUCCACCGGGUGAAAAUCAAAUCAAUCAAGUUGCACUAAACCCAACAGGCACUUUCUUGUAUGCAGCAGCUGGAAAUUCAGUGCGAAUAUGGGACCUUAAAAGGUUUCAGUCAACAGGAAAAUUAACUGGACAUCUUGGGCCCGUUAUGUGUCUUACUGUGGAUCAGAGUGCCAAUGGGCAAGACCUAAUAAUUUCAGGUUCGAAGGACCAUUAUAUUAAGAUGUUCGACAUUACAGAAGGGGCUUUAGGUUCUGUGAGUCCCACAUAUUGUUUUGAACCCCCCCAUUAUGAUGGUAUUGAAGCUCUAAUAAUCAGCGGAGAUAGCUUGUUCAGUGGAUCCCGAGAUAAUGGAAUUAAGAAAUGGGAUUUAUCACGCAAAGACCUUCUUCAGCAAGUUCCAAACGCACAUAAAGACUGGGUGUGUGCACUUGGUUUAGUCCCUGGUUCCCCUGUUCUUUUGAGUGGCUGUCGUGGAGGCAUUCUGAAACUCUGGAAUGUGGACACAUUCUUUCCCAUUGGAGACCUCAAAGGACAUGAUAGUCCAAUUAAUGCAAUUUGUACAAACUCAAGUCACAUUUUCACAGCAUCAGAUGAUCAAACUGUGAAAAUUUGGAAGGCUCAUGGUUCACUAGAUGGACAGAUAUCUGAUACUGGUGACACAAGCGAAGAUGUAGCCAGCAACUGAAUUGAAUGUUCAGGUUUAGUUCUUGAAAUUGGUUCAAGGAAAGGAGCUGAUCUUGGAGCAGAGAGUAUGAAAUAACCAGAGCUGAACUGCUCGGAGCAGGAUGAAGAAGUGCAAAACUUUGAAAGUGGACUUGAUUACAUGAUAUGCUUAUAACCUGGUUAUAGACACUAAGUCUUAUAAUAGUCUCUGCAUUUACUGAGGUGUGGAUCUGGUAAACUGAUCCAUGGACAAAAGAAGUAUCUUUUGUUAGACUCUUGUAAAGUUAUCAUCACAUAGCAGUUCACUCCAUCUUUCAGACUGUUAGGCCAUAGUAGUCGACUAGCACAUGUCCUGUGUCAUUACACAACAAUUACUGAAGCCAUAACCUCAUUUCCAGUGAUGAUUGCGUUCCUUUAGCAUUUGGAAGUAAAAGGUCCUGGAGACAGAAUGAUUUACAGCAUUUAAUUUUAUCUGUUUACAUGUUAAACUAAUUUGGGCAUUUUGGUUAAAAAUAAUAACUGGAUAACUGGAAGGUACUUUUUUGGAAAUAGCUGGAAAUAUUAAAAUCUAAGUAUUAUACAACAUACAAAUAUAUUAUCAUAACAUACAAAUAUAUACACACACACACACACACACACACACACAGUUAGGAAUUCUGAAAAAUAUGUUUUUGAAAUGUUAAUGUGUGUUUUAAAUGCAUUCUAGGUCCAUCACUCAGAUAAGACGCCUGCAGAAAGUAAUUUAAGAACACAUUUACCAUCAGACACUGGCUAAUGUGCAUAGCCCAUAACCUGAUUUGCUUAGUAAAAAUGCUCUACAAUUCUAGAGCUAUUUAAAAAUUCCUAAAGACAGUCUUUAAAUAUGAAUGUCUGUUUAAGCUGUAUUUAUUGACCUGGCAGGUGGUCAGCAACUUAGCUGCUUGCUUACCUAUUAAGAAAAAAUAUCUUGUGACGAUGAAAAGAUCAUCUGUAUAACAGCGGCUUGGCCUUUCGUUUUAGAAGCCAGUAGUCUGCUUAUUUAACCUUAGCUCAACUGUAUUAUCGUGAAGCAAUGUUGUAUUUAAGCAAACAUAGCAUACUGUUUACUUGAAGUUCCUUCCUUCUUUCCAACAUCACAUCUGAAAUUAAGUUGAAACUGUGUGCCUGUGGUUUUGAAACUCAGUAACUGCCUAAUGCUGUGGUGUUGGACCAAAGCCGUACUUCUUUGUAGCAUUAUGCACAGGAUGUGAUGUGUAUUAUGUCUUCAUGUUUCCCGUCAGACUGCUACCCCCUAACUGUUGAAAGGAUAUGCCUUGCUGUGCGCGUGUUACUGUCUAACUUAUUUGUUCCCUAAAUUUUCUUCACAGCUGCAUAAUCUUGCUUUUAUCUAAUUUAAUAUGCUGCUAUAUAUAUAUUUUAAAAACCGUUCCUCGCUGAAGAGUUCCUAGUUGAACUUUACCUGUGGUAGAAAGCUAUGUAAAUUAUUUGGUUGUAAAAAUAUAAUUUGUUGCUUCUGAUUUUGAUCUUAAUACACUGUAGUGUCUUACAGAAAAGACUUAACUGAUGAUUUUUUUUAAAUCUUAUUUUUGUAAAUUUUUCACAUUUUAAUUCUGUCAAUCGUUAGCUUGUUAAGUUCUGCAAAGCUAAUGCAUGAAUAAACACAUGCACAAAUACAAAA